UCCCGAAUCAAAUCAAUAAUUUCAAAAUAUCAAGAUUUAGAUCAUAUUUAAAGCUCACAGAUUCAUUUGAUUCAGAAAUUUACUAGAAAAUGGAUACUGAUAAAAAGAUCAUUCUUACAUGUGUGUUACUGGCCUUGUUGAUUUUAGACUUGGUCGAAUGUCGAGGGCGCGGCGGAGGAGGUGGUGGUGGACGUGGCGGAGGGCGUAGUGGUGGGCGAGGUAGUGGACGCAUAGGUGGAGGUGGUGCUGGUGGAACUGGGUCUGGAGGAGGCAGCACGUCUGUAGGCUUGUGGUUGGGUUUGGGCAUCGUUGUGGUAGGUUGUCCAGUUGCAGUAUUUAUAUGCGUUUGUUUCUCUAAAUGUAGAGAAAAACAAAGACGUAACAACCCAAUAAAUUCCCCAGUGGAUCAUGCACAAAUGCAUAAAGUGGUUGUUCACAAGCCUUGCUUCCGGCCACAACAGAAUAUGAACGUGCUGGCGAUACACGGAUCUUCUAAAGAACAAGGCAGAAAGAGUAAAACUGCACAUAAGUACCUGCCUCCUGUGUAAGUCCACAUGCACCUUCUGCGUUUUCAAACGUAAAUAAAUCAUUUCUACAUCAAGGAAGACAGUCCAGUGAGAAUGUCAUCGUGCAUGCUAGUUACGAGCGGGCCCGAAACGUUCAGUAAUCAUCGAUGAAGACAGAAACGCACCGAAUGUCAGUGGAACAACUGAAAUAAAUGAGAACCUGAAUGAACGGAGUUCAUCCAUUCGAAGCCUUGAAAAUCGUAUUUGACCCAAAUUCAUGUUUGAAAAUAUGGACAAUUACAAGUGAUGGUAUCUAUAUCAACAUAGAAUCAUCACACUUAUGUGUAUAAGCAGAACUGUGUAACAAAUCAAACAAAGCACACAUCUAUCACCUGUACGAAAAUAGGAACUGUUUUACAGUUGUAACACUGUAUUCUAAGAUUACAGCUGUAAAAGACCUGUAAGUGGAAAAUGACUAGAAAUACAGUUUAAAUUUACAGGUGUAAAUCAUGCCGUUUUCAAAAAUACAGUUCAAAGUUACAGCUGUAAAAUGGUCAUGUCUCAAAAUUACAGCCGUAACUUUUUUGAGCUUAAACAGGAGUACUAUCAGCCAUCUUUGAUUAAUUUUUGCGGGAUAUAACUGAAGUUCACAGAGACAUCACAUCUUCUAAAAUACUGGAAUUUUAACCAUUAUGGACUGUUUUGUCAUGUAGCGUAGUUGUAGAAGGACAAGUAUAAGUACAUGCAUCAACUAUUUACACUAUAUUUGAAGCUGGAUAAGUUUAUAUGUAAAAUUUCAAAAUUUGCAUAUGUUUCAUGACAAAAAAAGUUUUAUAAACAAGAUCUGAUGCAUAGUUUCGAUGUUGUAUCUACUCUUAAAUUUUAAUUUUGCAAGUGUUACACUGUAAACAUCUUUCAUAUUUUUUUCAUUUGUUUUGCCAUGUUUGUAGUAAUCACUACCAUUUCCCUUUCUAGAGAAUAACAUUUUUUUUACAUUUUUCACAUGUGCGUUCGUUUCUUAAGAUAAUUUCCUCUUUUCAACACCUGAAAUAUUUUUACAGUUGUUACUUUGAUGUAUUUUUACUGCUGUGACUUUUUCAUUUUUACAGCUGUAAGUUUUUUACAGCUGUAUCUCUAUUGCAUAAUUCGUACUGUUUAACAAU